AUACAACAAAGAAAGGCAUCUGCAACAGAAGGCAAAAUACACAUUUUUGAGGACAGCGAAAAGGACCAGGAAAACAGCUUUCUGACAGUAAACGUGUACCAGAACGGCACUGUCAUGGUCCAGGGCAGUGACGCUGCACUCAGCUCUUUUGUGCAGGACUUCCCCACCUUGGGGACAAUAGCAGAAACCAAAAAGGACAAGGACAGCACCCCGACCUCUCCCCUCACCUCAGGCACUCCAACAGCAGGAGCCCAGGCCCAGAUCCACAGGUCUGUCCUCCCCCCUGCCUGCCUAUGACCACCAGAGCCAUGAUCACACCACCAUCAGCCUGCUGAGAGACAGGCUGGCUCUGUUAGAGGUAUGGGUUACUGAGCUAAAGGAGCAGCCCACCCAGCUACACCACCUCCAGCCCAGACACAUAGCUUCUACAGGACCAGAUCAACCAGUGCAGGACCCAGCUGAAGAACUCUGUCCAGGAGCUGAGAGAGAGCCUCACCACAGCGCUUGAGGAGGUAAAGGCCACCAUGAGGAGAGAGCUAGUGCAAGUAAAGGAAGAGAUGGCAAAGGAGUUGUAUGUCAUCAAAAGGGUGCUGCAGCAUAGAGAACAGACUGAAGAGUUUAGCACUGGAGUUUAAAAAUAAAUCUUCAAGAUGUUGACGUCAUCAUUCUGCAGGAGACAUGGUGCAAGGCAGACAUUGUCACUCACUCUCCCUCAGGCUACAGAGAGGUAAUUGUGCCGUCACAGAAACACAGCUCUGUCAAUAAAGGCAGAGACUCUGAAGGAUUGAUCAUUUGGUACAAAUCCGAACUACAAAAUCGAAUUGAUCCCCUCAAAAUGUGUAAAUAUCACAUUUGGUUAAAACUGGAUGUGUUCCAUUGCGCAAUAUAUGUCCCCCCCUCAGAAUCCCCAUGUUACUCAGAGGAGAUAUUCCCCACCCUUGACGAAGAGACGUGCCAUUUCCAGGCCCAUGGCAAUGUACUCAUCUCUGGGGACACAAAUGUGCGCACAGGAACACUACCUGAUCUAACGAGCACACAAGGGGACAACUUUAUUACAGGCCUUACUGUUUAUAACUGUCUUAAUCUCCCCCAUAGAAACAACAGUGACAGCACCAUCAACAAAAAGGGAAGGGAUCUGUUGUAGCUCUGUCGAAGCCUGGGUCUGUACUUUGUCAAUGGUUGGUUUUGGGUGUACUCUUUGGGGAGAUUCACCUAUUGCUCACCUCUUGGCCACAGCACAGUAGACUACAUGAUUACAGACAUUGACCUUUCUCUCUCAGCUCAUUCACCGUCAAGCCACUAACACCUCUGUCUGAUCACAGCCAAAUGACCUUGUUCCUCAAAAGAACAGACAUGGAAACAACCACACAUUCACAGCCCAGUAAGCUGUACAAAAUCAGAAGAAGAACAGAUGGGCCCAAAACAGCACAGAAGAAUAACAGAAAGCAACAAGUAACCAAAAAAUCCAAACACUCUUAGAUAACUUUCUGGAUACCACAUCCACUCACAGUAAAGAAGGCAUCAAUCUAGCAGUAAAAAAAAUCAACAAUAUAUUCAGGCAAAUGGCAAAAGAAACACAACUGAAAUCGAUAAAAAACUAAUCAAAAAAGACCACAGAUGACAACUGGUUUGAUGCAGAUUGUAAAAUUAUAAGAAAAAAAAUUAGAACACUAUCAAACCAAAAGCACAGAGACCCAAAUAAUGGUGAAUUAUGCCUUCAUGACUGUGAUACUUUAAAACUCUAUAAACGUACACUCAGAACCAAAAAAGCACAGUACAAAAGCAAGCAGAUGACACUAAUUGAGGAGUCCAUAUCACAAACAACUUCUGGCAAAAUUGGAAAAACCUAAAAAAAUAAAAUGAAACUAGAGGAAUUAAUGAUACAAAAUGGUGAGAUAUGGAAAACCCAUUUUAAAACACUACAACACCAUUCAAAUUGAUGCAAAUGCAGAACAAUGCCAAAUUCAUGAGAAGUUGAAUGGAUUAGAAAAAGCUAGAAAGGACAAUCAAAAUCCAUUGGACUCCCCAAUUACUGACCAGGAGCUCUAUAAGAAACUUCAGGCCCUCAAAUUUAAAAAAGCAUGCAGACCUGAUGGCAUCCUAAAUCAGAUGCCCAAUUCACUAGUGCAAAAUUUCAAUUGGCUAUAUUAAAACUUUAAUUUGAUCCUGAGUGUAGGUUAUUUCCCUGACAUCUGGAAUCAAGGACUCAUAACCCCAAUAUUUAAGAACGGAGACAAAUUUGACCCUAACAAUUACAGAGGCAUUUUGUGAACAAUAACCUGCGGAAGAUUUUCUGUAGUAUUAUAAAUGUAAGAGUUCUAAACUUCCUUAAUAAGCACAAUGUCUAGAGUAAAAGCCAAAUUUGAUUUAUACCAAAACAUCGCACGACCGAUCAUAUCUACACCCUACACACCCUGAUAGAUAAACAUGUCCACCAAAACUAUACCAAAACGUACGCUUGCUUUAUCGACUUCCAAAAAGCAUUUGAUUCUAUUUGGCAUACAGGACUGUUCUACAAAGUUAUUGAAAGUGGUGUAGGGGGUAAAACAUAUGACGUAAUUAAAUCAAUUUGAUUUAUGUGCAGCAUCAAAAUAACAUAAUUAUUUAACCACGGGUGGGGCCUUCGCCAGGGUUGCAAUCUGAGCCCUGCACUCUUCAAUAUUUACAUCAACGAAUUGGCCACUAUUCUAGAAAAAUCCUCAGCCCCUGGUGUUAGUCUCCACAAUUCAGAGGUUAAAGGCCAGCCCUUCGCAGAUGACCUGUGCCUGCUGUCACCCACAGCACAUGGCCUACAGCAGAGCCUGGACCUGCUAGAACAGUACUGCCAGACCUGGGCCCUGGCAGUAAACCCCCAAAAUACAAAAAUAAUGAUUUUCCAGAGAAGAUCCAAAUCUCAGGAAUUAGAGCAAAGUUCUCAAUUGGUACAAAAUAUAUAGAGUACUGCACACACUACAAUUACUUAGGUUUAAAAGUAAGCUCAACUGGACACCUAAAUGAGGCAGUGAAUGAACUGAGAGAGAAAGCACGCAGGGCAUUCUACGCCAUUAAAAAACAAAUUCAAAUUGAAAUACCUAUACAAAUUUGGCUAAAACUAAUUGAAUGUGUCAUUGAACCAAUUGCACUUCAUGAGAGAGAGAGAGAGAGAGCGAGAGAGAGAGGGUGAAAUGUAGAGUAUGGUAGAUAAAGAGACAAAGUGAACGGAAGUGAGCGUGAGAAAGGUGUGUGUGAAACGAUGUCUCACCAGGCAGUAUACUGUGUACGGGAGGCUGUUGGGUCAUUCUCAGUUUGACACAGGAGCUGGUCAGGGUGAGCAGAUCUGGAGGAACCGUUUCUAUGUCUGAGAAAUAACACACACACACACACACACACACACACACACACACACACAUCAUAGACCACUUGAAUGACGUACUGUGCAACAAACUACAACCAUUGAUGUACUGUCUCAUUAACUAAUUCACUCAUUAACUCACUUACAUACAGUACACACUCAUUCACUCACACACUCAUUCAUUCACUCACUCACUCACUCACUCACUCACUCACUCACUCACUCACUCACUCACUCACUCACUCACUCAUUUACUCACUCACACACUCACUCAUACACUCCUCACUCACUCACUUCCUCACUCACUCAUUAACUAAUUCACUCACACACAAUCUCACUCAUUCACUCACACACUCACACACUCACUCACUCACUCACUCACUCACUCACUCAUUCACUCACAAACACACUCACUCACACUUACACACUCACUCACUCAUUCAUUCAUUCAUUAAUUCAUUAAUUCACUCACUCACUCACUCACUCAUUCACACACUCACGUACUCACCACGUCACUCCACUCACGCACUCACUCACUCACUCACUCACUACACUACACUACUCACUACACUCACUCACUCACUCACUCACUCACUACACUCACUCACCUCACCACUCACUCAAUCACCACUCCCUCACCACUCACUCACCCUACCACUCACUCACUCACCACUUACACUCACUCACUCCCUCACUCACUCACUCAUCACUCACUCACUCACUCACUCACUCACUCACUUACUCCCUCCCUCACUCACUCACUCACUCACUCACUCACUCACUCACUCACUCACUCACUCACUCACUCACUCACUCACUCACUCACUCACUCACUCACUCACUCACUCACUCACUCACUCAUUCACUCACUCACACACCUACACUCACACACACUCCCCUCUCACUCACUAUCUCCGGUGAGUCUGUGGAUGGCCUCUCUCCACUCCUCCAGUUCAUACAGAGAUGACAUCACCAGAGUGUGGCUCUGAAACAGAACACACACAGAGGGGAUGUAUGUGUAUGAGGGUUUAGGUGUGUGUGUAUGUGUGUCUUUUUGGUUUUACUAUCCUUGUGGGGACCAGGAGUUCUCACAAGGAUAGUAAAAGAAGGAACAUUCCGACAAGUGGGGACAUUUCGCUGGUCCCCCACAAGGAAAGGUUAGAAUUAGGGUUAGAAUUAGGGUUGGGGGUUAAGUUUAUGGUUAGGGUUAGGGUUAAGGGUUUGGGGUUAAUUUUAAGGUUAGGGUUAAGGCUAGGGUUAGAUUUAGGGUUAGGGGUUAGAGAAAAUAGUAUUUUGAAUGGGAAUCAAUUGUUUGGUUCCCACAAGGAUAGUAAAACAAACGUGUGUGUAAAACAUAUGGUGUGUGUGUAUGUGUGUGUGUGUGUGUGUGAGUGUGAGUGUGUGUGUGUGUGAGUGUGUGUGUGUGUGUGUGUGUGUGUGUGUGUGUGUGUGUGUGUGUGUGUGUGUGUGUGUGUGUGUGUGUGUGUGUGUGUGUGUGUAAGUGUGUGUGUAAGUGUGUGUGUGCGUGUGUGCGUGUGUAUGCGUGUGCGUGCGUGUGUGCGCGCGUGUGUGUGUGCGUGUGCAUGCGUGCGUGUGUGCGCGUGUGUGCGUGCGUGCGUGUGUACCUUGGCGCUGGGGCUGUGUAGUUCCAGGGGGAGGAAGGGAGAGUGUGUGAGAAACAUCCGUUCAAGCUGCUCCAUCUUCUUCCUGCCUCGCUCUAUAGUACGAGCUGCCAAGGACUUCUGUGGGACAGGCUUCUGUAGGACACACACACAAAGUUCAUAUUUUACAUCUGAUUACUUUACAGAGUAAUGGUUCUAUUGGAUAAUACACACACACACACACACACACACACACACACAUACAUAAAGACUCACCAUGGUCUGUCGAAGUUCAUGUCUGAGCAGGUACAUCUUAGCUCUCAUGGAGUGUAUGCGCUGGUAUGUGUCUGUGGUGCGCUCCAUCUCUGGUCCCCAGUGGAGUUUCAGUCCAGCUAGAGGCAGGUACCAACAGAACCUGUACUGGGCCUGCUUACUGGGAGAAAGGACACACAAUGUGUGAUUUGUUUUGAAGAAAGUCUCUUCAUAAACUUCAACUCACCCUUGGGCCCCGCCCUUGAGUUUGGUGCACAGCAGCAGGUCAGUGUAUAGGAAGAGAUGGCAAAGGUUACGCCCCCCCUCACACACAUCCACCACGAAGCCGUCACGCAUCAGCUGACGCCGCUGCAACACACACAUACAGCGAUGGUUAUGAUAUGGUGAUGAGACUGUUUGAGGGUGUGUCGUGGUUGUUGGGUGCAUGUGUCCGUGUGUGUGCAUCAUAAGGGUGUGUGCAAUGUGCAUCGUAGGUGUGUGUGCAAGUGUGUGGAUGUAUGUCUGUGUGUGUGUGCGUCGUCUCUGUCCCUCUCACCAUGCCCCUGCUGAGGGUGACCUCUUGUUUGCACUGUGACCCCUCGUUGACCCCAGACAGGAAGCUCCGGGACAGUCUCAGAGCCUCCUGCAGCACGUGGUGAUCACUAUGCAUCUGGGGAGUGUGCUUCAGCAGGUCCUAUACAGGAGAUGAGAGAGGGAGGAUGGAGAAAAGAGAAAGUGGGAAGGAGAGGAAGACAGCAGAGAGAGUGGUAAGUGUAUAGAUGAGUGUCGGUGGUUAGGUGUACAGAUAAAUGAAUGGAUGGACGGAUGGGGGGACACUCUUACGUGCAGCACUAGGGUUGUCUUGGUGACUCGGUCCAGAGGCUUGUACAGGAGAGCUGGAGGGAGAUAGACAGACAUCCAACAUGUGAUUCAUACAGUGGAGGGUGGAGGGACAUACAGUGACUCUUUAACAACACGUAAAACCUUCAUCUUACCCUCAAAGGUGUAUUUAGUCUUAGAUUUGUCUGAUCCAUUACAAGACAUCAUACUCUGAAAACAGGAGAGAGCGAGAGUGUGAGAAAGUUGAAAUAUUGCAAAACUUCAACUAUGAAUUUGCUAAUAAUUCAUGUGUUUUGUUCUUAAUAACAAGUGCAUAGAGACAGAGAGAGAGAGAAAUAUGUUGCAAUGAACACAUUUCCAAAUCAGUAAUGUCUGUCUCUCUUACCUCAGCUAGUAUUCUGAAGCUUACAUCGGCCAGUAUUCUGAAGCUUACAUCGGCCAGUAUUCUGAAGCUUACAUCGGCCAGUAUUCUGAAGCUUACCUCGGCCAGUAUUCUGAAGCUUACAUCGGCCAGUAUUCUGAAGCUUACAUCGGCCAGUAUUCUGAAGCUUACCUCGGCCAGUACUCUGCUUACAUCAGCCAGUAUACUGAAGCUUACCUCGGCCAGUAUUCUGAAGCUUACCUCGGCCAGUAUUCUGAAGCUUACAUCAGCCAGUAUUCUGAAGCUUACCUCGGCCAGUAUUCUGAAGCUUACAUCGGCCAGUAUUCUGAAGCUUACAUCGGCCAGUACUCUGAAGCUUACAUCGGCCAGUAUUCUGAAGCUUACAUCGCCCAGUAUUCUGAAGCUUACAUCGGCCAGUACUCUGAAGCUUACAUCGGCCAGUACUCUGAAGCUUACAUCGGCCAGUAUUCUGAAGUUUACAUCGCACAGUAUUCUGAAGCUUACGUCGUCCAGUAUUCUAAAGCUUACAUCGCCCAGUAUUCUGAAGCUUACAUCACCCAAAAUUCUGAAGCUUACAUCGGCCAGUAUUCUGAAGUUUACAUCGCCCAGUAUUCUGAAGCUUACAACGUCCAGUAUUCUAAAGCUUACAUCGCCCAGUAUUCUGAAGCUUACAUCGCCCAGAAUUCUGAAGCUUACAUCGGCCAGUACUCUGAAGCUUACAUCGGCCAGUAUUCUGAAGCUUACAUCGGCCAGUAUUCUGAAGCUUACCUCAGCCAGUAUUUUGAAGCUUACCUCAGCCAGUAUUCUGAAGCGCUGGUCAGUCUGAGUACAGCUCCUCACGAUCUUCACAGCACUCUCAUAGUUAUCUAUGAAACCACGAUACACACCUAGCUGGCUCACCUGUGUGUGUGAGAAUAGGUGCGAAAUAAGACACCUGUAGCUGAUAGUGGAUCAAUAAAAGGAUGGAUGGAUGGAGCAGGAGGAGUAACUCACAAUCUUGAGGAAGAGGUCUCCAACAGUUAGGUGGAAGCCCAUUUGGCCCUGCUCUUUCCCCGGCCCCGGCCCCGGGUCUGUCUCUGGGUGUGUUUGUGGCCCCAGCGGCACCAGGCGGUCCCUCAGGCCACUGUAGAAGUCUCUGUGCAGGUCUCUGAGCUCAGGCACCUGGUAGAACACAAUCUGGACCUGCUGGCCGGA